AUGAUGUCUCAAUUUGCUCUCCCGGGCGCGAACAAACGAUACGGAAACCCAACCAGCCUCAAGCCUCGGAAUGGGCGGCUGCUGAUUCCUCUAAUGGCUACGGUUGGUCUCGGUUUCGGUGCCUACAAUUACUACGUUGCGGCCAAGUCGCGGCGGGAACUCUCUCUGCUGGAAGAACAGGAACGCCUGGCGCGAAACCAACAGUUGAUGGACGCGUACGGCGACAAGAAUAGUCUGCACGAUAUCCAGCAUGCGCUUGACACCUACAAUGUUCAAUGA